UCUCUGCUUCAGCUUCUUUUUAGCCUUCAUUCAAAUCUCAGACACACCAGUGUGUAUACAUGCAUUUGCUCUCUUGAUCUCCUUGAAACUUUUGUUUUAUUCCAAAACACAUGCAAAGUAGAUAAAGAGAUCUUCUUCUUCUGAUAAUAACCUCGUGAUUAUCGUUUUCUCAAGUCUUCUUCUUCUUCUUCGUUACCACACAAAUGCAGAAGUACUAAUAUAGUGUAACGCUUAAUCAGGCUCAGCAAAGGGUUUACCAAAGAAGAAGAACAAACAACAAACAAGAGAGAGAAAAAGUAAAAUUGUUUUUAUAAGAAAGUUUAUGAUGGCUCCGAUGACGAACUGGUUAACGUUUUCUCUGUCACCAAUGGAGAUGUUGAGGUCAUCUGAUCAGUCUCAGUUUGUCUCCUAUGACGCUUCUUCCGCCGCUUCCUCCUCUCCUUAUCUCCUCGAUAAUUUCUAUGGUACCCUUUUCUUUCUUCUUCUCUCUCCAACCAAAUUUUCUCUUCUUUUUUUCUUUGUACGACACAUACGAAUGAUUGUGGUCUCAACAGUACAUGCUCGUGUAACUAAAGCCUCUCUGAUUGAGUACUAACCGACUUCGUAGCUUAUCCUCUAUAACCGAGUUAUGCUUAACUCAGCCUCCCUCGUGUUUUCUCUCUGACUUUGUCUCUUUCCCAAGAGAGGCAAACCCAAAAAAAAAAACAAAAUCUAAUUUUUAUAUCUUCUCGUGAUCUCUCUUCUUUGAUUUUUCGAUAUUUUCGUUGUUGUUAAUCUUCUGGGUAUCUAAAUCCAUGUACUUUCUCCGUCAUGAAACUCAAAGUUGGUCAAACCAAAAACCUCAGGAGUUUUUCAAAGAAGAAGCUCAGUUAGCAGCAGCAGCUUCAAUGGCGGAUUCAACAAUCUUAACAACAUUCGUAGACCCACAAUCUCAUCAUUCUCAGAAUCACAUCCCAAAGCUCGAAGAUUUUCUCGGUGACUCUUCUUCUAUCGUUCGUUACUCCGACAACAGUCAAACCGACACACAAGACUCUUCCCUCACUCAAAUCUACGAUCCACGUCACCACCAUAACCAAACCGGCUUUUACUCCGAUCACCACGAUUUCAAAACCAUGGCCGGUUUUCAAUCCGCUUUCUCUACUAACUCCGGUUCAGAGGUCGAUGACUCUGCUUCUAUCGGAAGGACUCAUCUUGCUGGAGACUAUUUGGGACACGUGGUUGAAUCUUCUGGUCCGGAGCUAGGGUUUCACGGUGGAUCUACCGGAGCUUUGUCACUUGGUGUUAACGUCAAUAACAAUACUAAUCACCGGAAUGAUAAUGAUAAUCAUUACCGAGGCAAUAACAAUGGUGAGAGAAUCAACAACAACAACAACAAUGACAACGAGAAGACAGAUUCUGAGAAGGAGAAGGCUGUUGUGGCUGUGGAAACAUCAGAUUGUUCUAAUAAGAAGAUUGCUGAUACGUUUGGUCAAAGGACUUCGAUUUACAGAGGUGUUACUCGACAUAGAUGGACGGGAAGAUAUGAAGCACAUCUAUGGGAUAAUAGCUGUAGGAGAGAAGGUCAGGCCAGGAAGGGACGUCAAGUAUACUUGGGUGGAUAUGACAAAGAAGAUAAGGCAGCUCGAGCUUACGAUUUAGCAGCUCUGAAAUACUGGAAUGCUACUGCUACCACCAAUUUCCCUAUUACGAAUUACUCGAAAGAAGUGGAGGAAAUGAAGCACAUGACCAAGCAAGAGUUCAUUGCCUCCCUCAGGAGGAAGAGUAGCGGUUUCUCUAGAGGAGCUUCGAUAUACCGAGGUGUUACAAGGCAUCAUCAACAAGGACGUUGGCAAGCAAGGAUUGGCCGAGUUGCUGGGAACAAAGAUCUUUACCUUGGAACCUUUGCAACGGAAGAGGAAGCAGCUGAAGCGUAUGACAUAGCAGCAAUCAAAUUCAGAGGAAUAAACGCUGUAACUAACUUUGAGAUGAACCGUUACGACGUUGAAGCCAUCAUGAAGAGUGCACUUCCCAUCGGUGGUGCAGCUAAACGUCUUAAGCUCUCUUUGGAAGCUGCUGCUUCAUCAGAGCAGAAACCAAUCCUCGGUCAUCAUCAACUUCACCAUUUCCAGCAACAACAACAACAACAACAGCUUCAGCUUCAGUCAUCUCCUAAUCACAGUAGCAUUAACUUCGCUCUCUGUCCUAAUUCAGCAGUUCAGUCUCAACAGAUCAUUCCUUGUGGAAUCCCUUUUGAAGCAGCUGCUCUUUACCACCACCACCAACAACAACAGCAACACCAACAGCAGCAGCAGCAACAGAACUUCUUCCAGCAUUUUCCGGCGAAUGCAGCUUCUGACUCGACCGGGUCUAACAACAACUCCAACGUUCAGGGAACAAUGGGACUUAUGGCACCAAAUCCGGCUGAGUUCUUCCUCUGGCCUAAUCAGUCUUACUAAAACCAAUCAUAUAAGUUGAUUGAGUCAAGUUUUUAUCGUUAUAAGAGACACAACUUCUUGAUUCUGGCUAACACAUAAGCUGACUAGAAGAAUCUUAAAAAUCUCACUUUUGUUUUUGAUUAACUGUUGUUGUUUAGGCAGGAGUAGUUGGGGGUUGGAAAUGUGGAAGAAUGUAUUAAACCUAAACUCGGUGGAGAAAAAUGGUAGUUUUUGGGAAUUAGGGGGGAUGGUUUCUUUUGUAUCUUGUAUGUAUAAGGCUAUCAGCUUAUCCGCAGUGUACUCUGUUUCCAUUUAUGAAAAAAUUAUCUUCAGA